CAUUCAGCAAUCUCUAGUUAUGUAACCCGUUUCCCGUGACAAUCUCUGUAAAAAGUAUGGGCUGUCCGAAAGGUUGGGUGGACUACGAGCCAAUCGGGAAGGUUAUCCCCAGUACUAGGAUAGUGGCCUUCAAGACUCCCCUCAAACGGGAACUGCACAGUGAGACGAGCAGAGACUCCACUAAAGACAGAUUCACACCACAAGACUGCAUGCAGGCAGUGAAAAGAUGUUCUAACGGCCGCAAGAGACUCGGUCUGGUCCUCAACCUAACAUUCACAACCAAAUACUACAAUCCCGGCGAUUUCGAGCGGUACGGAGUCCACUACGGAGCCAUCAUGUGUCCGGGUCACGAGAUUCCGAAUGAGGAGCUGUUCCAUCAGUUCCAGAGGAGUUUGUACAGUUUCUUCUACGAUUACCCUGACAGGAAUAUGGUGGUUGGUGUUCAUUGUACUCAUGGCAUCAACAGGACCGGCUACAUGAUCGCUAGGUUUCUGAUCCAGUGUGAAGGGUGGGAUGUGGAAGAGGCUAUCACCACAGUUGGAGAUGCCCGGGGACACCCCAUAGAGCGUGAUAACUACAUUGCACAUCUCAAUAACCUUCACCAGCCUAGUUACCUGUUUCCCAAGAUACCCACCGCUAAGGACAUCCAGGAGAAGGAGAAGAAGCAAAAGAAACGGGAUUCUUCAGACAUGAAAAGGAAUGGCGACGACUCAGAAUGCGCUUCUAAAGUAGAGAGUGAAAACGCGACGAAUAUUCACAACGACUCCUUGAAUCAGACUACUUGUAGUAAUGACUAUCAGAACAACAGCGGGGAGAAUAAUCACAUACUGUAUUCAACAAAUAGUCAAAAUAAUACUGUCACUGAAAGUGAAAGUGAUGAACGAACUCAUUUCAAUAAAGAAAGUGAAAGUAAUAACUGGAGAGAACUGAUAAGGUAGUUGAUUCAAAAACGAUACUUUUAUCAGACGAGGAUGAAACUUUUAUUCCUCUUAAUGGCAGACAUUCCGAUUCUGGGGCGGAACCCAGCUCCAAGAAAUGGAGAACCAGAUAAAAAGCAAAGAAUUGCUGCGUCCUGGCCCUCUAAUGCGUCCUGGCCCUCUAUGGUCGUUGAUAAUAAUUUUACAUUUUCCCUUUUAAGCGUAAUGAUAUAAUAUUGGCUCAUUCGUCAUACAACUUGUAAUGAAGUUAUUCUAUUUUAGCUUUCAGCAUGACA